CUCACUGCAACCUCGGGCCAUAUUGUCGCUCAGCAAAGUACUGUCGAUCGCUAAAUGGCACGACCCUAAAUGACCUCCCUACCUGAUCAGAAGCACCCAGGCCAUAUCACUCAGUUUGCUCCUGAGGUGGUUCUUCAAAUUACUAAUAAUCUCGGCAUACAAGAUAUUUUGGCUCUUUCAUCGUCAUGCCGAACAUUUUACCACAUGCUGACACAACGGCCGUUGUUGUAUACGCCACUUAUCCUCUCGCCAUAUGCCGAAAAAAUCACGAGCAAGACACUGUUUUCUAUCUUGAAAAGACACUCUACUCCUGCUAGCUAUAUUCAAGACCUGGACUUAAGCGGUUGCUACCAUUUAAGCUCAGAAUCAGUAAUUCACCUCGCGAAGAGAUACCCUCACCUUACAGACUUGGACAUUUCAGUAAAUCCAAGAAAAGGAAGGCUUGUACCCGGAAGAUACAGGGAAGCCGGCCAUGAUCUCGACUCCUCAACCGCUUACGCCAUAUCACAAAUGGCCCAUUUGACAUCACUGGAUAUUUCGGGAUGCACAUGGCGACUCAGCCAAGCCGACUUACAAACCAUUGCUCGUGGUCUUGGAAAAAAUCUGUUGGAGCUUCGUAUACUUGGUUUCGAGCCAACCGAUCUAACGCUAUUAUGCUUACGCCAGCAUUGUUGGAAACUUAAACUACUGCAUUUAAGUGGGGGAAAGCCAUUGAUGAUUUUCAAGCUAACUACCAUUGUACAUACUAUGAAAUCGCUCCAAGACAUUCGAGUUACUCAGAUCCGCGGAGGUGAUGUUGACAGCUUGGUACAAAAUCUGAAUCCAGAUACACAGUCACUCGAUCUCAGUGCGAAAAUGGACAUGUAUCCUUCAAGAGGGAGAGGUAUGCGAAUCGAAUCAGCCCUCAAUUUGACACCUAGGGGUUUCGAUGCUUUAUCGGCACUACAAUACCUUCAGGUUUUACGUUUGUCAAACUUAAGCUGGAUCUCAGAGGAUGCCGUCUCAAAAGUAAUACGCAAUCUCCCAUUGCUUAGUAAAUUCGAACUUCGAAUGUGGCCGGACAUAGAGUCUAGUGACCUUCGAACCUGCGAUGUGGUUACAACCCUUGUUCCUGACAAUGUGCCAAACCUGACAGAAAUCACCUUGGUCGGUGUUUCAAUUACACAAUCAACGGCUCUUGCUUGGUCAAAAUUCAAACAUUUGGAACAAAUAGAGUUGUCCGACAUCGGUGUAGAGGCAGGUUCGGGAAGUGGAUUUAUACGAAACUGGCUAAUGGAUAUGGUAUCUUUAGAAGCGUUACGAGUUACAAAAUGCGGAAUACAGUGGCAACAGGUUGCGGACAUUGUACGAAUGCGGGAUAGUGAAGCGGACGAUACAGAAGAUUGGGUAGAGCACAAUAUAGAUGAACUCGUAGGUAGCAUGCAAUACGAAGAUGAAGUAGUUAUUCGAAGGAGUCGUACAGGCUGGGAAUGGCGAUGGUCAUAAGCAAUAAAGAAAAGAAUAAAAACAUCACAAUAAAGGCGCUUUUUUAAAAAGUGUAAAAUUCGUCACGUGAACUC